AUGGCCGACCCAACAGACGCGAGAUCUGCUCCUCCCGGCGGCUCGACAUCGUCGACAGACUUACACGCUUCUGAGGCUAUUUUCAGUUUGCCGCCAGGCGCAACCAAUGGUUCUGCCGCAGACUCGGGUCAACUUCCUCAGACGAGCAGCGCUGCGGCCCCAGUCGCCGAGCUGGACAACCAUCAUGGCGUGUUUGCUACACAACAUCCCGAGUUGACCCCGGGCAACCUGGUCGAAGGAAUCGAAAGUUUUCAGCUCGCGUCGGACAUUUCUGCAACAAUUGCCGAAUCCAGCGAUCUGGGUCCGGUUGGAGAUGAAGACUCUGACCAUGCUUCCCGGACCACAGGGCUGGCGCCUGCGUCGGGGAAUAGUGAAGAAGUGCUUUUCGAUGGUUCCAGAGAUACGGAACCAGGACCAGGGGACCCAGAGCCCCUGUUGACCGCGGGUGGCAGCGGCUCGAGCAGUUCUCGGUCAAAGGGAAAGGAGACCCAAAAGCAAAAGGCGGUCCACUUUGAGCGAGACGAGGCUGCAGGUCACACGAUCCCCGGUGACAACAACAUGGACACCCAUUUGCCAGACUAUAAACCCCUGAAGCCCGGGGAGCCUGGCUGGAAUCGUUCCCCGGAGAGACCACCGGUCAAGCUGCCGAUCAGGUUCCAGGAUGCGGUCGGUAGGCACUAUGUCUUCCCCUGGGAGAGGGUCCGAACUUGGGAGGUAAAGGCUGCCCCUUUCAUAGUUGGUAUGGAGCGUCUAAUAAAAGCCGCUUUUCUCCACGUCAACAUACUGGGUCCUCAUGUCCAAGCCGGGCACUACGACCUGACGGCGGAGACCGGCGUCACCUUUGAAGAUCCCUACGCCACGAGUGCCGAGCCCAGCGCAACCACGUCGGGACCGUGCUUUGGCAACAAAGGGCAGCCUGUGACGAUAGUGCCGGCUUCGGCUCUCGCCCCGGGCUCGUCGGCUUCUGGGGCUUCGUCCUCGACCGCACCUCCGCCGGUGCCAUCCCCACCUGCCGCCGGCUCACCGUCACCUUCGGCGGCGCAAGGUGGGCCCAACGGCACAAACCAACCCCUCCUGGGGCCGAUUAUCCUGCCGGAGCUGUGGGAAGACCUGGUUGUGCCGGGCAUGUACGUGCGCAUGCACAUGUGGCCCAUGUCCCCGCCCAUUGGCUCCGUGCAUCCUCCUCCUCCGCCGCCGCCUAUGCCGCAUGCUCCGCCACUAGCCGCCCCUGUCGGGCGUGGGCGUGGUCGCGGACGCGGUGCUGGGCCCGGACCACCUAUGCCACACAUUGUGCCCGAGCCGGUUUGGAUGCCAAUGGGCUCCCGUGUCAGGCCGAGAGGCAUGCCUUCGCCGCCGCCUCCGCCGCGACCAAAGACUAGGAAGAGGCCCGAGUAG